GUCUGGGUUUACCGCCUUCCGACUGGACCUUUCGAGUCCGGGUUGAUCGCCGAAUUGAUCCUAGGCCGGAUGAUACCCUUGAAGAUGGAGACAAUAAAAAGCAUCAAGCGAGCGCCACCACGAACCUCACCGGUUUCAACUUCUGAUGCUUAACACACCAGAAGCAAGUGUCGCAGCUUGCGCUUUGUGCUGUGUAACCACAUAGCGGACUACGGAUACAGCUCAACUGGACAGUCUGGACUGGAUCAGCGGCCUGAGACACGCGGAACGCCACAUAUCGUCAACUUCCCUGCAUACCCCGCACGCAACAAGCAACAACGAUGGCGGUACUCUUCCGGGAGAUCAUCUCGGGCCUCAGCUUCGGCGAGUGGGUCUUGACCGUGGGCGGCAUCGCGAUCGCCACCUAUGUAGUGACAUCGGUCCUCGCCUGGUGGCGUCUUCGCGAGUUCAACGGCCCGUUCCUAGCCUCCUUCUCCUACCUCUGGGUCGGCCGGGCCUCAUACAGCGGCCGCAUGUGCGAGAUAUGGAGUGAGGCCGAAGCCAAGUACGGGGCCGGGUCGCCGUCGACGGUGCGCAUCGGGCCCAACGAACUGCUAACCAGCGACCCGGAUGUGAUCCGGCGCACGUCGGCGGCGCGGUCCAAGUACACGCGAUCCGAUUGGUACAAGCUCAGCACGGCCGACCCGUACGAAGACUCCAUGUUCAAUAUGCUCAACACGACCGAACACGACAAGGUCAAGGCACAGACGGCGCCCGGGUACGCGGGCAAGGACAACCCGAGCCUCGAGAGCGACGUCGAUUUGAUGCUGAACGUGAUGACGAACAAGAUCCGCACCAAGUACGCCGCUGUCGGGCCCUGGGACAGAAAGCCGAUGCUGGACCUGGCCAACAUGGCGCAGUACUUUACGCUCGACUCCAUCUCCAAGCUCGCAUUCGGGGAGGAGUUUGGUCUCGUCGAGGCGGAGCGGGACAUCCACGGCCACAUUGAGAUGCUCAACGACGCGGCGCCGCCGAUCGUCCUCAUCUGCGCCGUCCCGUACCUCCGGGCCAUCUUCGGGUCGUCGUUUAUGCUCAAGCUGGCCGGGCCGUCUCCAAAGGACAAGAAAGGGAUUGGGAGACUCAUGGCCACCGGCAGGGCGAUCGUGGGAAAACGGUUCGCCCAACCAGAUGCCAAAGACCAGCAAGACAUGCUAGGCUCCUUCAUGCGCCACGGCCUGUCGCAGCGCAAGUGCGAGACGGAGGCGCUGAUCCAGAUCAUUGCCGGCUCGGACACGACAGCAACCACCAUCCGGGUGGUGAUGCUCUACCUCAUGACGACGCCGCGCGCCUACCGCACGCUGCAGGCCGAGAUCGACGCGGGCAUUCGGGCGGGCCUCAUCUCCAGCCCCAUAACCGGCGCCGAGGCCCAGAAGAUGCCGUAUCUGCAGGCCGUGAUAAUCGAAACCCUCCGCCUCUUCCCGCCCUUCACCGGCCUGCCCUUCAAAGUGAUCCCCCCCGGCGGCGACACCAUCGACGGCAAGCACGUGCCGGGCGGGACGCUGAUCGCGCCCAACUUCUGGAUGACGGGGCGCAACCGGGCCGUGUUUGGCGAGGACGCCGAGGUGUUCCGCCCCGAGCGCUGGCUCGAGGCCGCGGAGGGACCGGACCGCGAGCGGCGCGCCGAGAUGCGCCGCGUGGCGGAGCUCGCGUUCGGGUAUGGCCGGUGGGGAUGUGCGGGCAAGAUGAUUGCGUUUUUGGAGCUGAAUAAGGUGUUUGUGGAGUUGCUGCGCCAGUUCGACUUCCAGCUCGUGAACCCCGCGAAGCCGUGGAAGAGCAUCAACUACAAUCUGUUUUUCCAGUCCGACAUGUGGGUGUCGGUGGCGCUGCGGGAGACCGAGGCGGAGAAGUAGGAUGGGGGUACCCUUGUGUUUAAGUUGUCGUGUGACGCUGUGAGAUGAUUAUUGAUACUACGAAAGUAACACCAUUUCGUUUGGUAUUUGUUGAUUUCGUUUCGAGCGGUAACACCAUCUCCGGGACUCUUCGGUUGGACAAAGUGGCAAAGCGGUGGGCAGUGUAUCCUCGUGUUCUCGUAUUUCCGCUUGGCUCAAGCUUGGGAAGCAAUGGAAGAAUAUUCAUGUU